AUGGCAUACAAGCGCUCUCGUCAAUCAUUCGAGGAUGAUCUACAGAAGCAAGCUUCUCCUUUCGUACUCUACGGCACCCCUCUACCUCCGAUAGACGAACACACCCGUGAUGAUGGAUCCUUCGUUCCUGUCUGGAAGCAAGAGGUUACUGAUGAGAGAGGAAGAAAACGCUUGCACGGCGCCUUUACUGGAGGAUUCAGCGCCGGAUAUUUCAAUACGGUAGGCUCUAAAGAAGGUUGGACCCCUUCUGCCUUUGUUUCUUCCCGACAGAAUCGUGCCAAAGAUGUCAAAAAUGCACAGGUUCAGCAGAAGCCAGAGGAUUUUAUGGACGAGGAAGACCUUCAGGAAGCCGAACAAUCACGUACUCUCCAAAUGUCAGAAGAAUUUGCUGGUUUUGGUACGCAGCAAGACCCCAAGCGUAAAUCUGCCGCCAUUGAACUGUUUCGACCUUCGGAACAGACGAGAGGCGUCAAACUCCUGAUGCGUAUGGGUUGGAAGGAGGGUCAAGGAAUCGGUCCUCGAGUUCGUCGUGCUGCAAAUCUGGAGGAUGACGGCAAUAUCCCAGGAGAACAGCAUCUGUUCGCGCCUACAGACAUUCAAGUUGUCUCUCAUUUUCGGAAAAGCGAUCGCAAGGGACUCGGCUAUGAGGCUGAGUUGCAAGACAAGCCUGGGAUGGGUGAGAAGUCCUCGAAACACGCGGGUCGAAAUAACACGUCACCUGAGUCUUCAGAUGAAGAGAACUCGGCACCCAAGCUCUUCAAAGGAAGGAAGGCGGCAAAACAAAAAUCCAAGACUGGGUUCGGGGUAGGCGUGCUAAACGACGACGGUGAUGAGGACGAUGAUGAUCCUUACUCGAUGGGCCCGAGAAUAUCAUACAACCGAGUUAUCGGCGGCGAGAAGAAACAAAAGGCCAAAACGAAGUCUAGUAUUGGGACAGCAAAUCCCAUGCUGAAGCACAAACCGACAUUUGUAUCGAAGAAACUUGGAUCUGUGAAGAGUACUCUCAGAAAGUGCCAUGAUGGUCGCUUGCCACCAGAUGGGUUCAAACUCGCUGACGAGCUGGAUGCAUUUGGUACAAUGAGUCUCAAUGAUGAAAAGUUUCGGCCUCAGCAAGUGCCCUCAGAUUGGAAAUCUUCCAUCUCAUCAGAAACAGCCGAGCCCGACGCGAAUUUUACGUCUACUGCGGAUGCUGCUAGAGCCUCUUCCAUGACAGCGAAAAGUCGAGCUGCGCUUUUGGGAGAAAGCCCACUUCCUGGGAAAUCCAUCUUCGAUUUCAUGACUCCAUCUGCACGAGAUCGUCUGGCUGCAGCUUCGGGUCGAGAAGAUCUCCCACUGGCAAAAGGUGAGCAUGCUCCAUCUGGAUAUAAAGGUCAUGCCGCAAGCACGAAUUCGGUUGUCAAUCUAAUUCCGCAUCUGGAGAAAGAAGUAGCACUUCAAGCCCUCAGUCGUGGAGUCAGUGGCUGGAUGCCAUACGCAGAAGAUGAGGGCAAAAGAAGCCGGUACCGAGCAUAUCUUGAGAUUCAAGCCGGUUUGGUCCAAGGAAAUGAUGGGAGUGAAAUUCCACCAAAGGCGGAUGGCAUGAAGCAAGACGAUUGGGUGAUAGAGAUGCAAGAGUUCGCACGCGCCGCUCAAGUGUUCAAACCAAUCUCAGGUUUGAUGGCGAGUCGAUUCACUUCUUCUUCUUCGGUACCUGAAGGUCAAAACGGGGAGGGGUCUGAUUCACUCCUUAGCAGGCCUGCAGCGAAACCAGAAGAUCCAGCAGAGGCAGCAGCGAAAUUGGGCAUGUUCGGGCCUUUGACACGAUCAUUUUCUAAUUUCUACCCCUCUAGACUGGUAUCCAAGAGAUUUAGCCUACCACCGCCAGAGCAUAUGACCCAGCCGGCUUCGACUGGUGGCGCUCAUGCUUCUUCCCAAUCAAUGCCAGACUCGAGCACCAUGCAGCCUACAGAAUUCGCGGCGGCAGAUGUUCAGCGGGCCUUAUCCACGACAAUUUCUCGUCGUGAUGAAAAUCCUCUGGAAGAAACACUGCUAGCGACGGAUGGGCAUACGUCUAAAGCAUCCAUCAUGGACCCAGGUCAAAAUGAGGCCCUCGAGCAAGAAAGACCUGGAAUGGCUGUGUUCAAAGCCAUCUUUGGCAGCGAUGACGAGGACGAUUAG